AUGCCUUCAUCGCUCCUUCGUUCGCUACGUCGCGGAUAUCGCGUCGGUGGUUGUUUCAGUGGAAGAGGAGAAAACGUUCAUAGUGUUGUACCUAAAAAUUCUGCAACGUCGGCGCUUUUGCUUCUUCUCGACUCAAAUUGUCGAGGACAACAAAAAAGGUGUAUGAACCGAAGAACGACGAUAGCUGCGGCGUCAUCGACGCUCGACGCCGACCGUGAAGGCAAAGAAGGAGACGAAGUUCAACGCGGUAAGCAGCCGUCUGUUGGCCGUCCUCGGGAGAAUAAAAAUAAUAGCACUAACAACAACAACAACAACACCGAGAGCGUGUUUGGGACCGUCGUGACUGCGCAAGCCAACUACUUCCGAGUCGUCGUGAACCGACGACAGAUUCCUUCGAAAGAGUUGAACCGCGUGCGCGAACAGUUCGACGCCGCGCGAAAAAGAGCCGAGGAGGCGAAAGCGAUGCACGACGUGGAACUUUUGGGCGAGAAACUCCGGAAAAUUAUCGAUAUCAACGAAGAAGAAGGAGGAGGAGGAGAAGAAGAAGAAGAAGAAGGAAAAGAAGACAACGUCGAGUUGUUGUGUAACUGUCGAGCGCUUUUGAAAAAGAUGAAGCAAAAAGUUUUAGUCGGCGAUAUCGUCACUUUAGACGCUGAAAAAUCUGGGAUCGAUUGGGUGCAAGGUUCUGGAACGAUUUACGACAUCGAGAAGAGGAAGAACGAAGGCGGAAACAACUUAGCGAUCGCGAACGUCGACGUGACGCUGUUGACGUUUUCGUUGUCGCAGCCGCCGUUGGAAGAGAAGCAGUUGACGCGUUUUUUAGUCGCAUUUGAAUACGCGCGCGUGCCGUUUCAUUUGGUAUUCAACAAAAAAGAUUUGAUAGAGGAAGAGAGAGUAGAAGAAUGGCGAGAGAAGAUGCGAAGGUGGGGAUACGAUCCGAAGUUUGUCUCCGUCGCGACUGGGGAUGGUAUCGAUGAGAUCGUGAAAGUUAUAGGAAGCGGGAAGACCGUCGCCUUGGCUGGACCUUCGGGGGUUGGGAAAUCGAGUUUGAUAAAUCGCCUUCGCGCGACGAGCGCUUUGGAAUCGGCGCUUUCAGUCGAAAAGAGACAACAAAACGAUUACGAUGAAGAUAGAAAUAGGAAGGAUUCAUCCGAAGAAGGCGAGGAGGGGAAGAUUACUUUUGUGACGGAUUUGGACGUAGAAGGCGGCGGCGGCGGGAAACUAAAGAAAGGCUCGAGAUCGGUGGAAAACGAAAAAGCGCGAGAGAUUUUAGAAUCGGCAGAUUUGCAAUCGGUGAAACAAGUAUCGGCUCGAAGUGGGAGAGGAAAACACACGACUCGACACGUUAGUUUACUUCGCAUGAAAGGUGGUAAUUUACUCGCCGAUACGCCCGGGUUUGGGUAUCCGUCUUUAGAGAGUAUGGUUGUUAAAGAUGUGGCGCUCUGCUUCCCGGAGAUUCGAGACGCGAUUCAGCGAGCCAAGGAAGAGCGAGAUGCACGAUGCGCUUUUACCGAUUGUACGCACGUCCACGAGCCAGGAUGUGUAGUUGGUGAUUCAAAUUGGACUCAAGAACGAUUAGAUUUAUACAUGGAGUUGUUAGAAGAAGUGAAGAAACUUGCGGUAAAAGAGAAAGAGGCGGCGUAUAAAAGAGAGACGCACGUGCGAAUGAAACAAGCUGCCGGAGGGGCAGAUAGAGUAGAGGCAAAACUAGAAACAAAAAGCCAUCGAAGGGUAAACAGAAGGACCCAUCGCAUGGCCACGCGAGACGAGCUUUUAAUGAACGAGGAGGAGGAAGAGGAAAUAGACGAGGAAUUAAACGAGAAAUGA